AGGAUAUUCACGCAUGUGCAUGUUUUUAGUAGAGGCACUUUAUCUCAUCAGAUCUAACCGUUGAGAGAGUCUCAAGUUUUGGAGAGAGAGAGGUCAUGUGACGUGGAGUUUUUGGAGAAAGGCGUGACUCCAAAACUGAGGUUGGCCGGUUAAUCGUCGCUUGAAUCGGCGCAUCGUAGCUUUGAACUUCAACUGAAGCUCACGCGCCUCGAGUAACAGCAUUGUCUUUGUUCUUUCUUUAUCAAAUCGAUUUACCGCCCCCAACGUCUUCUUACAGGAAUUCAAUUUUCAUCAUCGCCAUAUAGAAUCUCCGUCUGACUAGCUACUCAGAGAUUAUCCAACAACGACUUCAUAGCUGCAUUGGUUGUUCAUUUCCAUCUUGAAAGACCCACUCCCUGCGACGCGCUUCUCAAGAAGGCUAUUGUGCAUGCUUGAUACCCCAAAGAAAAUUCGUCACGAUGGCCUAUGAGCCUCGUGGUGAUCAUGGUGGUGGCCAGGGCCAAGAUGGGGCAUUUGUGAAGGUUCGAGGCAGGCGACCUGUGACUGACUAUGGUGCUACUAUAACACACUGGCAACAUGAUCGUGCCCCUAGCUAUAAGGGAGGAUAUACUGGCGAAGCUGAGCGACCUAGUGUUAGCUAUAUCGUUGAUAUGCUUCCACCUGCAGCGCGUGUCACAAAAGCUGCCGACAGUAUCCCUAUUAAGCACCUUCACUCUUCUCUUAACAAAAUCAAGCACCCCAUCAAUGUGGUGCGUUGGACACCAGAAGGUCGAAGAUUAUUAACAGCGUCGACCAGUGGCGAGUUCACACUAUGGAACGGAACAGGCUUCAAUUUCGAAACCAUCAUGCAGGCUCACGAUUCCGCCAUUCGUGCCCUGGAAUACUCACAUAGUGACGACUGGCUUAUCUCGGCGGAUCACGACGGAGUUAUCAAGUACUGGCAACCAAACUUCAACAAUGUCCAGAGCAUCAACGCCCACACUGACCCUAUUCGAGACCUUGCUUUCAGCCCAAGUGAUUCCAAAUUUGUCACUGCAAGCGAUGACUCGACCCUCAAGAUCUUUGACUUUGCUCUGGGACAAAUGGAAUCCAAGCUUGAAGGUCACGGAUGGGAUGCUAAAAGUGUGGACUGGCAUCCUACUAAAGGAUUGCUCGUAUCUGGUUCUAAGGACCAUCUUGUCAAGCUUUGGGAUCCUCGUACGAGCCGUUGUUUAACGACUCUACACGGCCACAAGAGUACUAUUACAAAAGUACUGUUUGAAAAGGUCCGUGGGGCUUGCCUCGCGACAUCUGCAAGAGAUCAGACCGCUCGUGUUUUCGAUCUUCGCAUGAUGCGUGACAUUUGCCUUCUCAAAGGUCACGAGAAGGAUAUUUCUACUCUUACAUGGCAUCCUAUCCAUCCUAAUCUUCUCAGCACUGGUGGUAUGGACGGCUCUCUAUUCCACUACCUACUCGAUUCACCAAACCCGCCUCCUGGCCAGUCCUUCACCGUUGCUCCUUACGACAGCCCUGAACCGUCAUCAGUAGCCGCUCAGUCAGUAUGGCCAAUGCACAAGGUGCCCUUUGCUCAUGAUUAUGCUAUUUGGUCUCUCGACUGGCAUCCUCUUGGACACAUCCUUGCAUCAGGAUCCAAUGACCGUAUUACGCGUUUCUGGAGCCGUGCUAGACCUGGUGAUACAGAUGUUUUCCAGGAUCGCUACCAUAUCGGUGAAGCAGCGGCCGAGGCCCAAGGAACCUGGGACCGCCGUGGCAACCGUCGUCAGCGACAGGAGGAGGAACAACAAGAGAUGGAAGACGAGAUGGACGCUCUUGUUGACCAAGACGCACCGAAAGCUGCUGUCCCCGGACUGCCUGGCAUUCCUGGACUGCCUCUUGGUGGAGGCCUACCAGGCCUUGGCUCAAGUAUUCCACCUCCUCCUAUUCCUGGUGUCGGUGCCGGCUCAGGUGCUCCUCCACCUCCUCUGCCAUUCCCCUUACCUGGACUCAACGGUGGUCCACCGCCACCCCCCUUACCUGGCCUGGAUCCCAACAAUCCUCCAGAUCCAGCUCAACUCCUCGAGCUGAUGAAGAAGGCCGGUGUGCCCCUCCCGCCACCAGGAGCCCUACCACCAGGAGCCUUACCCCCUGGGCUUAUUCCACCACCGGGAAGCAUGCCUCCGCCGCCCGGAAGCUUUGCCAUGCCGGUCCCACUACCUCCUAUGCCUGGAUUUGACGCCGACAAGGCAGACGCCCGACGGAGAGCUCCCCUACCCAGUCAAGAGGAGAGCUUGCGACACGAACAGCGACAAGGAAAAUACACGAGAGCGAGAUAGAGGAAACGCAGAAAAAGAAACGUCGAUGAUUCGAUAUCCUCUGGCGCUGGUGGUUUACGUAAUGCUAACUGGUUGCAACUAAGCAAAAAUACAUUGUAUCCUUACAGAACUAGGCACAGGUUUCAAAAACUGUAAUAUAU